UUAAAACUCCUUCGCGAGAUUGAAGAUCAUCCAAAAAUCAAUCGUUUUCUGGGAAUAACAAAAGAUUCUGAUUAUUAUAUUUUGGUAUUAGAAUAUGCAAAUGAAGGGAAUUUAAGAGAUUAUUUGAAAAAAAAAUUUACUUAUUUGAGAUGGAAUGAUAAAAUUCAAAUGGCAUUGGAUAUUACUGGUGGAUUGAAAUUUAUACAUUCUAAAGAAAUAAUCCAUAGAGACUUGCACUCAAAAAAUAUAUUAGUGAAUAAUGGAAAAUUAUUAAUCGCAGAUUUUGGAUUAUCUAAAAAGUUGGCAGAAAUAACAACUAAUUCAGUGGGUAAUAGACAAGGGAUGAUUGAAUAUAUUGAACCACAAUGUUUUAAGAAUAAAAAUUAUAAAAAAGAUAAAAAAUCCGAUAUUUAUAGUUUAGGUGUUUUAUUAUGGGAAAUUUCGAGUGGUCGUAUUCCUUUUUCUGAUUGUUCACGAGAUUUACUUGACUAUUACAUUAAAAAUGGUGAUAGAGAAGAUCCAAUUGAUGGUACACCUCCAAAGUAUCAAAAACUUUAUCAAGAAUGUUGGAAUGACGAACCAAAAUCAAGACCUGAUAUUGAAAAAAAUACUUUUUAUCUACAAUCUUCACAACCUCAUAUACACAAUGUUGAUAACAAUAGUAAUUCGAAAUUUAGUGAUAUUGACGACUUCUAUAUCACUUCUGAUCGCCUGAAUCUAAAUUCAAGAAGCAAAAUGAAAAGCACCAAAAGAAUUAUGAAGAAAAUAAUAUCCGAAUUGUGGUUGGAUUAGAAUUUGGAUUAACCUACUCCGGAUUUUCUUAUUGCCAUGUUAAGGAAAAAGGAAAUGUGUGUUCAAAUGAUAUAUGGCACGGUGGUGAAUAUCAUCAAUUAAAAACUAAUACAGUUCUUCAAUAUGAUGACGAAUAUAAUAAUGUAAAAUUAU